AUGAGUUUGAAAAUGAUUGCUGUUGUGGCCAUUGCUUUACUGUUAUACAGUAUCGCACUCGUUGUUUACCGUCUGUUCUUCCAUCCUUUGGCGAAAUACCCAGGACCACGUCUAGGAGCCAUCACGCAUUGGUAUGCAGCCUACUAUGCAUGGCAGGGAGACCUUCACAUAAUUAGCCGAAAGUGGCACGAUCGUUAUGGCGAUAUCGUGCGAUUUGCUCCAAAUGCCUUGACUUUCAACACACACACCGGACUAGACACUAUCUAUGGUGUCAGGGCAAAUGUGGCAAAAUCGGAAGGCUACAGUUCACUGAGCGCCAGUCGACAAACUCCUAAUACCCUCACUGCUACUGACAAAGCUACCCACGGCUUCAAGCGCCGUAUCCUGGCGCAGGUAUUCUCUACUGAAGGAAUCAAAGCCAUCGAAGAGCGUCUUCUGGUGAACAUUCGCGAUUUCGUCGAUCUAGUCGGACAGAAAGGAGAUGAAUAUGGACAUGUCAAGAGUAGCCUCAAUUCUGAAAAGGACAACGGAUGGUCAAACACGAAGCAUUUAGCUCCGAUGUGUGAUUGGAUGACCUUCGACGUUAUCGGCGACCUUUGCUAUGGGCAAGACUUUGAUAUGCUACAUUUACCUGACAUGCGAUGGUUCCCUUCUGUGGUCCUAAAGAUCACGCAGCGCAGUAUGACGACCCUCAUCCAGCCUAAGUUCUGCAAUCUGAAGAUUGACCAGUUCUUCAUGUCAUCCAAAUUCAAGGAUAUCGUGAACGCCGGUACCCGAAUCCGCGAACGUUCUGAGGCCCGCACACGUCUAGGAAAUGAUAUCGAGACAAAAGACCUAUUUUAUUCUAUGAUGAACACGGCAGAUCCCAAAACUGGCCUUCACUUCACCAAUAAGGAUCUUUGGGUGGAAUCCAUGCUUCUGAUGACUGCAGGUGCGGAUACCACCGCGACGGCAAUGGCAGGAACAUUCUUCCACCUAGCCCACAAGCCUAACCUCCUCGCCCGCCUGACCCAAGAGAUCCGCAGCACAUUCGGCACAGAGGAAGAAGUCCGCACAGGAGCAGAACUAAACUCCUGCGAAUUCCUUCAGGCAUGUAUAAACGAAACGCUCCGACUCGCACCUUCCGUCUCAACUACCAUUCCACGCACAGUUCUUAAAGGCGGCAUAGUGAUCGAUCAAGAAUUCAUCCCUGAAGGCACAAUGGUGGGAACGACUACAUACGCUAUCCAGCGGAACCCGAACUACUUCACUGCACCGGACGAGUUCCGUCCACAAAGAUGGAUCGUCGAUGCAGAGACGGGGGUUGACGAGGAGAGUAUUGAGAUUGCGAAACAAGCGUUUUGUCCGUUUAGUGUUGGAGCAAGAUCUUGUGUUGGAUGGAAACUUGCUUGGACGGAAUUGAAUCUGGCGGUUGCGAGAACGCUGUUUCGGUUUGAUAUGCGUUUGGCGCCUGAUGCGCGGUGCUGUGGGGGUGAAAGGGAGGAUUGUGAUUUCAGGUUGAAGGGGUGGGUCACUUCUGCUGUUGAGGGGCCUUGGGUGCAGUUUCGGGAGAGAUGUUGA